GAGAAUGACCGCUUUUAACGUAAAAGCGGCGACUCUGUGUGAAAAUACUUUGUUUUGUCCUGCGUUAAGCGUUUGAAGCGGUAACGCAAGCCCCCGUCAGGCCGCUCAGGAGAGACGAACUUGCCUAUUUCAUUUCCAACCCCGCUGACGACACUCCCCCCGCCUAACGGCGUCCGCCAUCGCCUCACGGCUUAGACCCCGCCCACCUCAAGAUGGCCGCUCCCUCGCUGCUGGGUUGCGGCCGAGCGGCGACUCGUGAGGUGUUGCGGCUGGAGGCUCGGGGCCUGCGAGGAGCGGCCCCUUCCGCGGCGCUCUGCACUAAGCCGGUGGGCUCCCGGACGCCGCCGACGAAUGUAGUGGCACCACAGGGAAGCACCAAGCUGCUAGCCAUCAAGGCACCAGUUGAAUUUCCUAAAAUGUUGUCUUCCAGCUCUCUCCUAGUAUCUGCAAACAAAGGUGAGAGCAUAUCUAGUACUAACCUUGAGAAAGCUUCAAAACCUUCUGCUGAAGAUGUGAGGAUGUUCAUGUCAAGAAAAACUGUGGUUGCAUUUCCUCAGCGAGUAGUUGUUUCUUCCCUUGAGGAGGAAAACCUCACUACACCUGCAACAGAAGGAGUCUUGAGGAAAGAGUUAGUUGAGGAAGAAAUUUCAUCUUCAUCCAGCUCAGAUUCAGAUUCUAGCUCAGAUUCUGAGCAAGAAAAUGAUGAUGACUCAGAAGUUGCUGUUAAAACCAAAGUUGAGUUUCCUAGACGAGAUUCCAUGUUUUCUGAGAACAUAGCAGUAAAGGCAUCAAUGCUAGCAAAAGAGAACUUGUCCAAGAAAUCCCACAAAAAAUAUGUAGCUAAGAAGAAGCCAUGCAAAACAGAAACUGAUAUGUCUCCUGUCAAGCAGGUCGCAUUUUCUAAAACAUCAGUUAGCCAUGAAACAUCAAAAUCCAAAGCAAGAGACCCCAAAGUAAAAUCAACUCCAAAAGAAGCAGAUCGGCAGAAGCUGGUCUUAGACCCACACAUGGUUGACAGCCAAGACCUGACCGAUGUGACUCAUAAAUCUGAUUAUUUGGAGGAAAAGUCCAUUGGAACACAAGUAGCAGCUAUUCAGCUGAAAGCUUCGUCAGUGACUCAGGAAGACAAAAAGCAAAAACUGGUAUCCAGAGGAGAACAAAAAAAGGUGAAGGAGGCACAGGAGUCAGAAGCAGAAGUAGUAGCUGCUCCUAAACUAGAAGAGGAGACUUCUGAAAGCACAGUGUCAGCGAUGGGCACUACAGCAAAGGAGGAGACCAUUCAGGACACAGGAGUCCAGGAUGGAGAAAGAAGCACAAUUGAGGCUGAUAUGAAGACCCAAAAAAUGAGUUCAGUUAAUUUCAAGUAUGAUAUGGAGGACUUGGUCUUAAUAUGUGCUAAUGAUUCAAGGUGAAGAUUAUGAUACAUUGAAAAUCUAUGAAAUGGCCUCCUCUACUCUGAUGCUGUAAAUCCAGAAUAAGGUUAAGCCCGGGUGACAAACUUUUCCUGUAGAUCUGUAGUGAUGGGGCAGUAGUACCACUGUGCCUCAGACCCAUUGUCAUCAUAACCACACCAGCAAAACCCUUUCGGGUAGGAAGGACCUGGCUUUGCUGAAAGCAGCCCUUGCUGUUGAGCUCCUCUUGCUCUGUGGAGGUAGGUAAGACUGUGACAGCAGGAAAGUUUCUGUUUGGUACGUGCUAGAGAACCAUGUUGCAGUGGCUGUAGGAGAGGUGGGGGUUAGUACAGGCAAGUUCACACCCCUUUACUGCUGGUGUAAUGUCUUUGGGUGCCAGAGGGUGGCAAAAAGUCAAACCUAGCUACACCAUGUUCAACAGUGUCACUGGUAUCUCCAGGACUAUCUUGUUCUCUCUUCGUUUUGAGGCCACCUUUGAGAACAGCUACUGCUUUUCCAUAUUUAAUGUUCACAGAUAAUGAUACCUUCUGUAUUCUGCUUCUGUCCUGUUCCUGUGUUCUUUUGUUCAUCUGCAAACUCUGCAGCAGGCACACUGAAGAUGUAAAAGCAAUUUUUCUCAUUACAAACCUGGAUGUUAAGGUGAUGUCAUCCACUUUGUAGAGCAGGCAUGCUAACCAGUCAGCAAAAACUGACUUUAACUGCUAAGUAAGUAGCAAAAUAGUAGCAUGGUAACUCAGAAAUAUACCUCUGAUUCAUUUUGGGAGAACAUCCUGUGAAAUGCUUGCUCUUUAAGACAGAAAGCAUAGAUGAAGUCUGAAGUAUGGGGAGGAUGAACUCAGGGAAAAUUUUUUCCUUCGAGAAGCCAAGUACAGUGUAUUUGGGCAGGAAAAAUGAGACUCCAUCUGCUUUUCUUCCUGAGCAUCUGUCUCUUAAUUUGGAACAACUGUCUCUUGCAGGUUGAAUGUACACUUGCCUACGCUUGCCUGUUCUUGGGGCUAUUUGCAGCAAAGACCACAUCAUCUGGCUUUUAUAUCUGUAGUGUUGUCUCCUAUGAGCUGUCUCAGUAGGAAGUAAGCAGUAGGCACAGGGAUAUUUCCUUUCAUAGGUUGUGUGUGUUCUUUUGCUGAAACCAUGGCUUAAUACAUUGCAUUUUAUAAGCAAGUCUUGCUAAAUGUUACGGAUACAUGUUCUUAAACUGGUACUGCUACACUGCAAUAAUUAUGUCACAAUUAAAGGGAAAUUCUGGUGUUCAGUUGCUUGAGUUCUUGUAUUUUUAUUGUAGAUGGUUGUAUUAC